CUCAACCAUCUCAAUCUCAAGCUGCAAGCAUCAGCACUCAUGUCCUUUGUCGAUGCUGGGUGGAACCCUUCCUCCAGAGUUUGCGGAAUGGGUUGGGCCAUUAGAGACCCAAGAGGAACAGUUGUUUCUCAAGUCUCCAAUACCAGAUCUUUGAAGAUCUGUUCGGACUCCCAAGUCCUCAUCAACCUGCUCAAUUCAAAGGAUAGCGGUAAGGAGCUUAAAGGAAUUCUCUCUGACAUUUCUUGUCUCAAAGAUUCCUUCUUCUCUAUCUCUUUUGCUUUUCUUUCUCGUGUAAAAAAUUCGGAGGCAGAUGCGGUUGCAAAACCUGCUCUCUCGCUGUUUUCCCUUUCCUCCCUUGGUGGAGUUGCUCGUUGUAAUGUUUAAGUCUUUAAUAUAUAAGAGUUUGUAUAUAUGCAAAAGAACAAUUGGAUCUACUUUGAAGUCUAAGCAAAGAGAUCAUGGUGGUUACAUGUGGUUGAUUGUGGCGUCUUUGGUUGAUCUGUUCUUCCAUCGCAAGGUCAUAAAUUGGUUGUCGUAGUAAACAUCGUUCUUUCUA